AUGGCCCAACACAAGAUCCACGUGGCCGUGCUAGACGCCGACAUUCCCUGCCUCUCGGUAUAUAAAGCGCGAGGUCUAUACAGCUCGCAAUUCCGCGUCCUUCUGCAAGCAGCCGCCCAACGCCUGAAUAAAACGCCCGAAUCCCUCCAAAAUGGACCUCUCGCCGUCGAUGUAACGGCCUUUGAUGCCGUAGGUGGGUCCUUGCCUCCGCUGGAAACCCUACGAACCAACCCCAAGUCCCCAGCCGAGCUUCACGCUGGCGGACCACUGAGUCCAAUAGACGCGAUCCUGAUCACAGGCUCAGCAUCCUCAGCAUACGAAGACCAGCCCUGGAUCCGCACAAUGCAAUCCUACAUCCAAACAGUGCAUACACACUAUCCAGACGUAAAGCUCUUUGGCUCCUGUUUCGGGCACCAGAUAAUCGCUCAAGCCCUCCUCAGCACCAACGCAAGCCAUCCACCGACAUCAACUUUCCACGUUGCGCACUCCCCAACCGGCUAUGAAAUGGGAAUCCAGCCCAUCACCCUCAAUGCCUCCUUCACCGCGCGCUUCCCGCCUCUUGCGCGCGCGACAGCUCGGAGUCCAUUCCGCAUACAGCUGAUCCACGGUGAUGCGGUGGUGCCAACACGUGAGGCUCAAGCUGCCGCGGGCGAAGCAGGCACCUCGCUGCCGGCACCGUGGUCUAGUAUCGGGAGUAGUGAGCAGUGCGCUAUCCAGGGUCUUUAUAACCCCGGCCGGGUCCUGACGUACCAGGGUCACUUUGAGUUCGAUACUUUUGUCAACGGGGAGCUUGCGCAAGAGUUUGGGCGCCGUGCAGGUUGGUCGGCGGCUGUUGUAGCAGAGUAUCUGGAGCUGAUUUAUCGCUCGCGUGUUCCUGGGUUAGAGGACGAUGAUGAUGCUAAGGCUGCCGCUGAGGCAGUUUUGUUGUUCUUUGCUGGGGAGGAUGGGGACUUGACGGGCUGUUGUGGCGGUACUGGUAUGAUUACACCUCCGCUGGAUUGA